AUGGAGAACUCGGCGGGAUCGAAUGCCUCCGGAUCUUCCAACCAACCCGCGGGAAACACCAAGGAGGACGGGGGGCAGUUAGGUCAGGCAGGGUUUCAGCGCUGCUGCACAGAGUCACGGCAAGGUUUCGCCACCUCGGCGUCGUCUGGUGUACUGCCCGGCGCUGGUGGUGUGCAGCGUCUCACACCGUCUCCCGCAGCGCUGAUAUGCGGCGAGAGCGACGGGAAUAGAAUACCGUGCAACACCGUUUAUCCAAACUUCACUGCCGCGUCUACCGUGCGGGAGACCAAAGACGGGAAGAGGCUACUGGCCGAUGAUGCCGUCUCUUUUACUUGGAGGGAUUCCAUCCCCGAAGGGCAGCAGCCACCCGCCAAAGGCGAGAGGCGGGGAGGAAAAACGGAGGUGUGGACGUCAACUUCGAUGGGGCAGCUUGGAAAACAUAUGCCGCCCUCCUAG